AAUGCUGUACAAGGGGAGCAAACAAAAAAAAAUCGAUGUUAUUGCCAGUCGGUUGUCAGAUUGUUUGGUUGCAAGAUGUCCGAUUUGCAGCAGCAGGGUCAGCAGAACAGCAACAGCUACGAACAGGAGUGCCAGCGGGCAGAGCUGCUGGGCCUGCAGGCGCCCGACAAGGACGAGUUUGAACGUAGACGGCAGGCCCGCCUCGAGCAGGAGCAGGCCGAUCACGAUGCAGCCGAGGCAGUGCUGCUGGAGCAACAAGACGAGUCGUUGGGCAAUGUCGGCGGCAAGCUGGGUGAACUGAAUAGCAUAUUGUCUAGCACGCAGCAGAGACUUAACCGUUUCAAGCAGACGGCCUGCGGCAGUCUAACCAACAUCUUUGCUCGACCCAGCUCUGGAUCUGUAGAUCUUUCAACAUCAGCUGGGGGAGUCACCGCUCCGGAAGAGCGUGCUCCUGUGCAAGAGCAGCCGCGGCCCCCACCCACAGCGGCCGAGGUGAGCGCAGCCAAGGCGGCAAAGCAGCAGCGCAUGGACUCACAGCUGGACAAACUGGAUGCGUUAAUCAACAAGGCGGACAACGCCCACAUAGCCAUGAGCGAGCAGACGCAGCAGAUGCGACGCUUGGCCAAGUGAGGCACGAAGUCGAGGAGUCAAGCUCUGAUCCUGGCCAGCCUUUUGUCCUCUCUUUCUUUGGAUAAAUGAGUUUCGGUUGAGUUGAGAUUACCCAAAAAGCGUUUUCAAUCACAUGCAGGAGGACAGUGCGGUGUGCGCUUUACAGCCUAGAGACAGACCGCCUCUCAUUUUGAUGGAUCUGCUCUCAAGCCCAAACAAGUCGCUCGCUUCUUUUCCUUAUUCAUGUCCUGCAUCGUUUGAUUUGCCUCCACUACUCGUAUUAUAUCAUAUUCAUAGCUUACAACAGUUUUUUAUCGUUACUAUAUAUCUCGUUAUAAACUAUAUCAAAAGUUUUUGUGUCCAGAUAUUAGUAAAUAAUAUAUAGAAUUAAUUUUAUAUAAUACAUACACUGUAUUCAAUUUAAAACGUCGUUUC